CUUCGCAGUCCUCUAAUCAAAGUAUUGCCUUUCUCGUUGGAAUCUUCGGAAGUUUUCAUCAAAUCAUAGUGAAAUGAGAGCUUGAAUCACUUUAGUUGUCUCCAAAUGUUAACAUAAUCACUCCGGCUCCGGCUUUUCCCACGACGAUCUUGAGCCUAACGAGCACGCCAUGUGGAUCUUCCAACAAUACGAGAGUAAUCCAACAUUUUUCGAAACGCAACCAUCGGUGUACCUCUAUGAACGGGAGUCAGUUUCAAAGACUCGACUGGAACCAUCGGGAACCAAAAAAAGUGCACGCUGGAAAAGUCACAAAGCAAAAGGCACCCAACCGAUGACUGAGGCGGCACGGUCAAUCCAAAAGUAGACGCGGGAGGAAGAGUGCAUGUUGGUGUCGGCUUGGGUUAACGCCUCCGAGUAUCCUAUCGUUGGAGUGUGUGCAGUUGAAGAUUCCGUGGAUGAGAUUAUAAAAGAACUUCAGACAUUCCGUCAAAUUGAAGAUCAACCAAAAUAUGAUUCUGAGGACCAGGAUUUUGAAAAGGAAAUUUUUAUUGAUCCUGUUAGUGUUCCCGAUGAUGAUCUUAUUAUUGAUCCCAUAGAUGUUGUUCCUGUUACCGUUGCUGAUAUUGUUGUUGAUGUUUCUCGUGACAAUCAGCGAGACCACACUGUCCAAGCAGAAUAUUCAAGAGACGGUGUCAUUUUUUAUGGAUGCACAGAAACAUUUGGGAUGUCAGAAAGUGAUGUUGUUGUCCUUUAUGAUUAUGGGGAUGUCACGCGUGCUUUGAUAUGGAAAUUGGAUAUCUUAAUCGGAAAUGCUAGAGACAAGCACACCCAGCUGAUAGAGAAAUCUGAAGGAAAACACAGCGUAGAUCUCAAAGAAAUAAGCAAAUCAGUGCAGAAGACUCUGGAGAUUAUCUCUCUAUUGAGUGAAACUGUGAGCAACACGAUGGAAAUAUAUGCCUCUGACAGUCAACUUCAACUCAAAGAAAUCAACAAAGUCAAAGAGCAAAUAGCGAGUGUCACAGUUAGUCUCCCAAAACAGAUAUCCCUUCUCCAAAUGGACAUUAGAUCAGCCCUAGCAGUAGCUUCUGCAAAUCAGGUAGUGACCAAAGACUACUUGAAGGUGAUCAUUGACAAUCAAAAGGAAGCAUACAAGCUGUUCAGACUUAUUGGCGCAAAUUCUGGAAACCGCAAGAUGGAAGUAAUUCUCCAACAACACAGUCCAUCUCCAAUACCACAGCUUCCUAUUACAGUCAAAGAAGGAGAAGUAUCUUAUAUUCCUUCUCAUCUGAACUUGACAAAUCUAAUCCUUGAAGCACAGCAAAGAAAUCCGGAAAACUCAGCACAGCUUCUAUCUAGCUCAGGACUAGAUGGAACAGAAUUUAUAGGUACAGUUGUUGACCACUUCUCAAAUGAUGCUCAAUCAGAAGAGAGACGUGAAAAUUUAAGGCGUAUCAAAGAACUGUGUGGGAACAUGAAGGGCAUCAGUGAAGUUGCCGGAUCUCCAAAGCGCAAGAAAACUGAAGGUUCUUUUCAUCAAAACAGGGGGAAAGUAUGUGAAAACAUGAAGGGCAUAAGUGAAGUUGCCGGAUCUUCAACAAUUUUCUUAAUUAUGCUUAAUUAUGCUUAUCUCAAGUAUGAUUCUGAGAAUUUUUUUUAAGCGCAUACAUUCAGGGGGAAUGUAUUUCAAGGGGAACUUAACUAGUUUUUGGCUAACAAUUGUUUUUGGCAAUGAAUUAUUGAUAAGCUC